CUUCAGUUCUGCUUGUCACUCGAUUUCCAAUUUAGACCAUCAAAAAACGCGUGUCGUGCUACAGAUGUUCUACUACGCUAAGAUGUGAUUCUAGUGGUGUUUCAUGUAGAUAAAAAUUUAGAGCAUUCCUUUUCUGGGGAUAAUAUAUAUAAUACCGUAUAAGAUAAAAGCAUGAAGACAAGAUGUUCUCCCCUGCGGCGAAAGAGACAAGCGGGCACUCACCUUCAACAUCCACGACAGCACUUCACAUGGCAAGCUUCACCUCGUCAUGGUCGUCCUCGUCGCCUUUAUUAUGUCCGAUUAAUUCUGCGCUCAUUUUUCACCGCAUACACCUGGGCAAGGCCAGAGUAGAUCGGGGACCGGUCUUACCGGGUUUCAUAUUUGGGGGGUUACCUCUCUGCAGCGUGGUGGAAGCGUUACGGGAUGCGUUUGAUGAAACCAACGACAGGCUUGCAUCAAGAAUUAUAUGUUCCUCGGAUAUCAAAAUCAAAGGAGAAGCAAGGACACGACCCCAGUGCUCGCUUACUAGCCAGGAAAAUGCCUACGUUUCCAUGGUCUCGGGUCUGGUGGAGUUAGAGGCAGCGUUGGUUGCUUUAGCAAAACAGCAUAAUAAUGAUUCCUCUUCAAAUUCGAGGAAGAACCCAUCAGGAGAACAACCUUUGUUGCGGGACAUUGUACUAAAUUUGGGCAGUUUGGAACUCAGAUCUUCCUCAGCAUGUGGGCAGCGGGGAAGCUCGACACAAGCGCAAAGCAGGAGGCUAGACCCUUUCCUAGUCUCCAUUGUGCAGAUGCUGUGUCUACCGCAAGGCGUAAAUUUACGAAAUUUAGUAUUGCAUGGCUUUCUUCGUGUGGAUGACCUUGAUGGGGAUGUACUUUACGAGAACAAGGACCUAUUAUCCUUUUCAAAAGAUUACAUGACCAUGGAUUCACCAAAUGCUGAGCAUGCGGAUGCAAAUGGUGAGCAGUGGCACGGAAAAGACAACAUCCGUAAAGAGUUUACGAAUCUUUUAUCGCAGCACUACCUUGUCCAGCAGACAGAUGGGUGCCAAAUAAAUGGUGUUGAAGCGGAUAGAGACGCUCAACUUUCGCGCUUUUUCUGGCCCACGGUCGUGUCUGUUGUCGUGAAAGCAAUGCGCCGAGAAGUGGACGGUUGCGAGCCACAAGCUGGAGAAAAGAAGCAGGCCGUCACGUGCGGCGCUUUUGCGAUACCCAUACCUGACGAGGUACGCGCCGAGUUGAGGCAUAUUUUUUCACUCCUGUCCGGCGUUCGCGUCAAAGGCCUAGAAUUUGGAAAGCAACAAAGCCUAUCCUUGAUAACAGCGAAACGGGCUGGAAGAGCACACGAGUCCUCAACUACCGCUGUUGAGGUAGCCUCCCUCGUCUUGCUCUUGUUGGAGCACCAACUACGGCAAGCGUUUGGAGAUACCCAUCCUCGACAGGGCCAUCGUGAUCCUCGAAUCGCACGUUUCGGAGAUUAUUACACGACUCUGGACGGCUACGGGCAAAGACACCUACACCAAGUCCUAUUGGAUCCUCUCGUUCUGGAUUUGGAUCCCAUGGUGCGUGAUACAAGAAAAGACCAAGACGCCUCUACAGACGUCGAAGAUGUGGUGCAUAAAAGAAAAGACCAAGACGCCUCUACAGACGUCGAUGUUGAGGAGUCUAAAAGACGACGAAAGAAUCUUCUGAUCCAUGAAACUCUGUCAAAUGGUGCUGUCCAACUAUUGCAGGACUUGUUUCUACAAGAGCAAGGGCCCAACGUUCGCGCGCGGCUGUUCCACAAGAGUGAACGGACGGUAGAUCUGGACUUGUUGUUAUUAUGGGUGGAGGGAACAAUUCAUCUCCAAAGUCAUCUGGAAGAGAAAGACAAGAGGAAAAUGGGACCCAGAUGAUCCGUGAGAUGAAUUCCCGAUACCUGUAAUCUUAGUGGUAUUGAUUGGUGUGACGAGGGAAAUCGACAACGCUUCUAAAGCUGCUUCGGAACAAGUAGUACGCAAAGGCAAGGGCGGAGGAGAGCUGAUGGAAGACGAAGAGCCGCGACCUAUGACGAGGAGGAGACUUAGUAGCGGGGAGGAAGGAGAUGCGCCUUCUGUUGUUCAAGGUACUGCUCGAAAAGACCCAAUACCAAACAUAUCCUCUUUCCUAAGGACAUACCGAUCAAAGUAUCACCCUGUUGCGAUGGCCUGCGAUGAAGUGGAGGCAUGCUUGGCGGCUGUGCAAGAGCUUGAGAAGGAAGUCGAGCGACCUGAAGUUUCCGAAAACGACAUGGACAAUUCUCUUCCCCCAACGUCGUCGAGAGAAGCCGUAAGAACCAUCUGGGAAGAAUUGCUAGACACUCUCACAAUCUCUGCAGCUGCCAAGAUAUCACCUAGAAGCGCUAUUGCCCAAGAUCUCACCGCUUUCCGCAAUACCUUCUUCGGCGACGAGCAGAAGCGCUUGUAUCUAAUUCGACAUCUUGACAGCCGCAGUGGGCUCCUCCCUGCACUCAGAAAAGCUCUUAACGACUUACGCACCGACCUCGUACUCCCUUUACAAGCACGCUGCGCAACUCUGCGCUCCGCAGUGGAGGCGAGAACAGCCAAAUCAAGACAACGAAAAAUGCUUGCAGAGUUGACACCAAAGAAUGGGCCAGUGCAUUUCGUUUGUGAAUUUGCUUUACAUGUGUGUCAGGUGUUGCUACGGAAAUGUGUGGUGUUAAGGCCUCAUUUAAUCCGUCUUUUACUCCAUCUCUCUGUGCCCUGCUUUCGAGUACAAAAAAGGACACAGAUGAGGGAAAAGAUGGAUUGUAGAAGUGAGUUCCAAUGCUGGAUGCGGUGGGUGUCGGAGGGAAUAGAAGUGCGCCUUCAAAUCAGCUGGGAGAGCAAGAAACGUCUGUUAAGGUUAAGUUUUUCACUAUGCUUGCUGUGUGUAGUAAGUAUGUUGCGAAGAAGUGAAACCCGAACAACCCGUACGGCUAUAGUAUAGUAUUUGGUUUCACUGUCGCAGUACCGACAUCUAGCAUAGUGACCACAGGUAAAACUAGAGACACACGACCACCCCUAAGCUUGAGAAAGAAUGGCUGCGCCUCUUUGCGGUAGUUGGUUCCUUGAAGAAUUUGGAUCAACCUCAAGGUGCGCAAACUUUGAAACAAUUUCUAGCGACACACGCAGCGAAACGGACGUUGUUGUCACCUUCUUUCAACAAAUGAGGCAUCAUCUGCUUGGCAUGACAUGCACAGACAAGAGCCAAAGAGUGCAC